AUGGGUCCCAAGGAUAUGUAUUUGAUCCUUUACAAUGCCUUCUGCUGUGCAGGAUGGGCACUUGUUCUCAAAAUGGCAGUCUCCACCGUCAUCUCGGGCGAAGGUAGCUUGUGGGAGUCGUUGGCUAGCGUCUAUUCCACCGAAGGUCUUGCUACUUUCUUGACCUACUCGCAAAGUGCUGCUCUAUUGGAGAUCAUUCAUGCUGCCGUCGGAUUGGUCCGAUCUCCUGUUGUUGUUACCGCUCUUCAAGUGGGAUCCAGAAUCGCCGCCUUGUGGGCCGUCAAUGAAUCUGAGGAUGCUCAAAACCAAUGGGGUGCUGGUGUCAUGAUCAUCUCCUGGGCGUUGGUGGAAGUUUUCCGUUACAUGUUUUAUGCCUUUGCUAUCGUCACGGGAGAUUCUACCAAAAAGACUCCCUACGUUCUAUUCUGGGCCCGAUACUCCCUGUUUGCCGUCUUGUAUCCCACUGGAAUUACUGGAGAAUUGACUGUCUUUUUCAAGGCCGCUGCCGAUCCUUCUGUCGGAGGACUCUUGGGUGGAGCCGUUGCGUUUGUGUACGGAACGCUUUUGCCCGCCAUUUACUUUGUCGGAUCCCCUGGUAUGAUUAUGAACAUGGUCGGAAACCGUAAGUCCGCCUUCAAGAAGCGAUUCGCCAGACCACCUCCACCACCACGUGGAAUUAGUUUCCCCAUUGACGACAAGGAGAAGGGAACCCGUGGUUCCACUCCAGUCAACAAGGAGAUCCUUGCGGCUGCCGUCGGUGCCGUCAAUCCGGAAAAGGCCGAGGCCAUUCGCAAGGCCAAGGGAUACCGUUUCACUUACACCAAGCACUUGAUUGCACUUGUGGAAGAACAAUGCAAAUCGCCCGAAAAUGCCUUGAAGAUUGCCCAAGCUGGUUUGGACAAGGCCUACGAAAUCUUUGAAUUUGUCGCACCCGAUGGAUCGGCCGUCAGUCUUAAGGAGGCCAUGGCUGUCAAGAAUACCGAAAAGUUCGACACUGGUUUUAUCAAGGGAGAAGCUACCGAAAAGGCCGGUGGUUUGGAGAUUCCUUACAAGGGAGAGAUUCUCAAGGGAGACGCCUUGAAGGCACAAGUCAAAAAGUGGGUCGACUACGGAACCAUCGAACCCACGGCUGGAGAAGCCAUCAUUGGAUGCGUCGACAACCCAAAGUGGUGCGAACUUUCCGACCGUUACUUUGUCUUGUUGGGAGCUGGAUCUGCCAUGGGACCUCUUCACGUCUUGUUGGCAUUGGGUGCCAAUGUCAUUGCCAUUGAUUUGGACCGUCCUUUCAUCUGGAAGCGCUUGAUUGGAUUGGCCAAGAAGUCUACCGGUACCAUGACAUUCCCACUCAAGAAGCCACAAGCUGGACUCAGUGAGGACGAAUUGUAUGACAACGCGGGAUGCAAUCUUUUCACUCAUACUCCAAUGAUCCGUGACUGGUUGAUGGACCUUUACAAGGGCAAGCCCUUUACUGUUGGAAGCUAUGCCUACUUGAAUGGUGCUCUUCACGUUCAAGUUUCGCUUGCCAUGGAUGCCAUCACCAAGGACCUCAGCGAAAAGCGCCAAGGAACCAGUCUUGCCUACCUAUGUACACCAACCGAUUUGCACCUCGUGCCAGAAGAAGUAUACAAGGCCAGUAACGAGAACUACAAGUUGUUCAACAGCAAGCCUCUAUGUAUGAUUAUGCGUCUGUUGAGUAAUGGAAAGCUAUUGAAGAAGAAUAUGAGAAAGCCAGCGGCUGGAGAGGGUGGCGAUUAUUACCUUGUCAAUGGUAUCAGUGUUGCCCAAGGACCAAACUACAUCUUGGCCAAGCGAAUGCAGCAUUGGCGUGCGAUUAUUGCCAGAAGCAAGGGUUGUAUUGUGUCAACCAACAUUGCCCCAGCAACUUCCACUCAAUCCGUUGUGCAAAACAGAACCUUUGCAUGGGCCUACGAAGGAAUGCCUUAUUUCACACCUUAUGAAAUCUUUGCUCCUGAGACUUCGAAUGCUGUCAUGACUGCCAUUCUCUUCUCGGAUAUUAAUGAUCCAAAGAGUGUUGGAAAUCCAAAGAACAAAUUGAAUAAUCCAAACCAACUAUUCUCUUACGGUUCCUUCCAUGGAGGAAACUGGCGAUGUGCAUACAUGGUCGACAGUAUUGGGGAAACGAGUGUCCUCUUGUACUUUAGCAGAGUUGCUGGACCAUACGUUGCUGUUGUUGGUGUCGCUGGAGCUGCUGUUGUCGCCAAGGUUUUGGGCUACGUCUAA